CGAAAUGAGCCCUCCAAAGAUUCCCCCCGAGCAUGUCUAUUGCGUCCAAGCCGGAAAGAAACAUCAUGAACUCUUCACCACGACGUAUGUUGGCGCGAAUUAUUGUGGCCGUUGCGGCUUAGCCAACCCCUUUCGGCUCCAGCAUCAAGCCAGGUCCAAAACUCCGGCACUUCCGGGCCCAUACGAUGAGGUGGUGGAGGUUGAGGACUCCCCGCCACGGUCAGUCAGUCCAGCAAGCCAGCUGCUGCGUGAAAGACCGAAACCCGUGUCAUUCAUCAGCAUUGGACGCACGGCUCAACUGCUCCCCAACGAAGUGUCUGCUCCCGGCACGGUGAAUACACGAGCACGCAUACCUCCUCCUGAGGCGCCGGGCAAUCCCCAUUUCAUGACAGUUGCAUCAGCGGCCAGUCGGGCCAUUCAGGAUACAAAAACCAGUACCAGAAAGCCUAUGAGGCAGCGGACGGGGUACCAGUGGGUACAUAUAAGUCUCCUGCUUGUGAGCUUGGAGACCAGGUAUUUCAAUGGGCUUGCAGUGGAGGUUCCGGAGACGGUGCUGCCUCUGAAAGAUACAGUGAUCAAGUUUUCCUCGUCAGAUUUACUGACUUGGCCCUCAUUCACCGCGAUUUUGUUCGACCAUCUCCGUCCGCUCCCGCCCACAAUCGAUCUUACGAACAGAGACCUAUGGAGCCUUUCUUACGCUUCGAGUUUCUCUGGCAAGAAGAUCGUCACCGUUCCGAACACCGACAAGUACACAACCCCGUCGAGUAUGCUCGCCUCGGGGCACUUCGGCAACAAUCAGGCAGGACAGUUGAAGGUGCUAGUCGUCCUUACAUCCACGGAUGUAGUCGACAAGCAGGAGCCAGUCACACCGCUUAGGCCAGAUGAAUACUCCACGCCAGUCAAGGAAGAAAAGAAACGGAAGGUCAAGCAAGAAGACCCGAGUCCUGCGCCCCGGCGCAAAAAACGCAUCAAGCAGGAGGAACAUGUCAAGAAGGAGAGUCGCACCGGGGACACGUACAAGGUCAAGCAGGGGGUACACAUCAAGGUGAAGCCGGAAGAGCCUGUCCCGACUGCCUCCCGCCAGAGCCCAACGGACGAUGAGCUUGAAGAUAUUGUUGAGGAGAUCAUUGUACACGAAGAUGUGGCAGACCUCUGUGAAGUGGAAGAUCCGCUUCGUGAUCUAUUGUUUGACGGCAUCCCUGGCGAUAAGGGGAGUGGAGGUAUGGCAGGUGACGGAGAUGUAGUGGACGGGGGAGAUGAUGAGGAGAUUUUGGUCCCGGAGUUCGUAACCCGAGAGUUCAUUGCUCAGAGCAUUAAUAGCGAUCAAGCUCGACUGCCCGGCACUGAUAUCGAUGAGGCGCUUCCACCAGCACGAUCCACACGCUUCAAAGGGACAAAGAUCCCUGCAACAUUUGCUGUCCGACAUAAUAGGAAGGAUGGACUACUCGGCUUCCUCAUCUGAAGUCUCGCCAUCCUGCUCAUCAUCACUUAUUCCCUCCAUAUCGUUCCCUUCUUCGUCCUCAUAUCCUAGUUCAACAAGUGGUUGCUCUGCUGGUUCCCCAUCUCCAAGUUCAUUGUGGAAAGCCUGAUUUGCUCGGUCGUACAAUGCUUCCUAUAUGCGUUUAGAUUCGCGAACCCGCAGAGAAACGGCAGGGCUACAUAUUCGGCAACGCCCCCUGUUGGCGCUUUGCGAUAUGCCAA